GUUAAAAGCACUGAGUUUACUCGGUAGUCAAUUCGUGAGCUCGUCCAGGGGGUGGGAUGGUGCCACUGGCACUUUUGACCUCCCAACGCUAGGGGACGCUGUGCUUCCCCUGUGGCGUCUUCGGAAAUGGUGGUUCAUUGCGCAUGCGCACUCGGGGCUUUCGUGUUUUUUUUUUCCCCCCUCCGUCCCCACGUGUGAAACUUCCCACCAACAUUUUGGGGCGAAAUGCCCAAAAUCAAGGCGGCCCGUGGGGCCGGAGGCCUGGAAAAACAUGCCCCGCUGGCCGAGCAGAUCCUGGCUGGGGACGCGGUGCGCCCAGGGGCCCGGGCUAAGAGGCGGGGUCGCGGAACUGGAGACGAGGACGAAGAGUAUGUGGGACCCCGGCUCACCCGGCGGAUUUUGCAGCAAGCGCGGCAGCAGCAGGAGGAGCUCGAAUCAGAGCAUGGCACUGGGGGCAAACCCGCGGCGCCGCGGGAGCGCACCACGCGGCUGGGCCCAGGAAUACCCCAGGAUGGAUCAGAUGAUGAGGAAUGGCCCACCCUGGAGAAGGCUGCCACGAUGACUGGGCCAGUCCACCAUGCAGAGGUGGUUGUGGACCCUGAGGAUGAGCGUGCCAUUGAGAUGUUCAUGAACAAGAACCCUCCUGCCAGGCGUACCCUGGCUGACAUCAUCAUGGAGAAGCUGACUGAGAAGCAGACAGAGGUUGAGACGGUCAUGUCAGAGGUGUCGGGCUUCCCUAUGCCACAGUUGGACCCCCGGGUCCUGGAGGUUUACAGAGGGGUCCGGGAGGUGUUGUCUAAGUACCGUAGUGGGAAGCUUCCAAAGGCGUUUAAGAUCAUCCCUGCACUUUCUAACUGGGAGCAAAUCCUCUAUGUCACAGAGCCGGAGGCCUGGACUGCAGCUGCCAUGUACCAAGCCACAAGGAUUUUUGCCUCUAACCUGAAGGAACGCAUGGCCCAGCGCUUCUACAACCUCGUCCUGCUCCCCCGGGUACGAGAUGACAUAGCUGAAUACAAACGGCUCAACUUCCACCUCUACAUGGCACUCAAGAAGGCCCUGUUCAAGCCAGGAGCCUGGUUCAAAGGAAUCCUGAUCCCACUGUGUGAGUCGGGCACCUGUACCCUCCGGGAAGCCAUCAUCGUGGGUAGCAUCAUCACCAAAUGUUCCAUUCCUGUGCUGCACUCCAGUGCAGCCAUGCUGAAAAUAGCCGAAAUGGAAUACAGCGGGGCCAACAGCAUCUUCCUGCGGCUGCUGCUGGAUAAGAAGUACGCGCUGCCCUACCGCGUGCUGGAUGCCCUGGUCUUCCACUUUCUGGGUUUUCGGACAGAGAAGCGCGAACUGCCCGUGCUCUGGCACCAGUGCCUUCUGACUUUGGCCCAGCGUUACAAGGCAGACCUGGCCACAGAGCAGAAGGAGGCCCUUCUGGAACUGCUCCGCUUGCAGCCCCAUCCACAAGUGUCCCUCGAGAUCAGGCGUGAGCUUCAGAGCGCAGUCCCCCGGGAUGUGGAAGAUGUUCCCGUUACCAUGGAGUGAGGAAACAGUCCCUCACCCUGGCCUGAGUGCCAUGGGAGGACAUCAGGACCCCUGUUGGUGACUAAAGAGGACAGUGAGCCUUGAGAGCUGAAGUUCCAGAUCAGGGCAAUGAGAGGCCACGGGCAGCUGUGACUUCCUAGUACGUGGCAGAAAGGACUGAGGGUCUGCCUGGCUCCCUCUUUCUUUCUCGGCCUGAGUCCCUAUUCCGUUUUGAGACCUGACGUGGGGAUUCUGCUCCCCAGCUGGGGCUAGAAGUAAGUACUUCAUCUCAGGCUGCUGUGUCAAGUCACUGAGGUGUAGAAAAAAACAAUGGCAAAUGUUUAUUGAA